AGAAGUAAGCUAAACGCAAGUGGAUUAUUCUGUUAAAUUUCUUGAAGAAACCUUAGCUAUCAACAAGUAAUCUUUGUAUGACAAGAUAGAAGCCGUCGUUGAUUGAAGCCCAGCCAAUGAUUUUCUUCUUAAUGAGAUUCAUUUGAUACUUCUUUUAAUUCUGUAACUUAUUUAGAUGGAAUUAAAUAAUGAAAAAUUAUGUGGUGUAAUUCAAGAGUUAGCAUGCAUACCAGCCGAUCCACCAACUAAAAGAGAACUCUGUAUUCGUUGUUUGAGACCAAAAAGAGUGUGUUGGUGUCCAUAUUUACCUGCUGAACCAUUACCCAUUCAAUGCACUAUCAUAAUUCUUCAACAUCCUGCAGAAGAAAAACGCUGCCUUCGAACUGCACCCAUGCUGGAAUAUUCCAUUCCCAGAGAUAAGUUCAUUUUGUUUAAAGGAAGGAGAUUUUCAUCCAUGUUGAAUGAAAAAUUGAGAUCUCUUCUGUUGUCUCCAAAGACACUUCUCUUUUAUCCUGGACCUUCAGCGGUGGGCAUUGAGUCACUGCCUGUCGUCGGUCAGAAUGACUGUGACCCAUACAAUAUCAUAAUACUGGAUGGUACUUGGCCACAAGCAAGAUCUCUCUAUGCUAACUGUAAAGAGCUCAAGCAAGUAAAACAGGUUCAAAUAAAUUCUGAAGUAACUAGUGAAUAUGUUAUUCGCACUCAGCCAACAGAGGGAUCUUUAUCUACAGUUGAAACAGCUGCUAUAGCAUUGUCAGUUUUGGAAGGAAAUUCGCACUUCAAACACGCAUUGUUGCAUCCCCUGAAAGCUUUGUGUGAUUUCCAACUCAAUCACGGUGCUGUAUCCCACCAGAGUAAAGAGUUUUUGAUCAAAAAUGGCCUCCAUAAAUCAUGUCAAAAUACUUCAUCCUGACACUUAUUUAUUUACUAUUCUUUUGUUAAUAAAUUGUUUUUAUCAAA